UGCGACAUUACACUAAUCUCUCCUGACCGAGUCUUUAUGGAUUUAGAAAACGCAAUUAAGUGAUUAGAAACAGUAUUUCUCUUACUUUGUGUCAUGUAAUUCUGAUGAGUUUAUUAAUGUGUUACUCUGGAUAAUUACCAUGGAGAGAGGACUGACGUCGACGACUGAUACUCGGGGUGUGGCUUUUCCAGGAAACUGAAAGUGAUGGUUGAAAAUAAUGCGUAGUCACUCAGUGUGGCAGAGCAAAGAGGAAAACAUCAGCCAUGGCGUCUGCUUAUUACUCUGAGGAUUUGACUUGCUCUAUUUGUCUGACUAUCUUCACUGAUCCAGUAACUCUUCUCUGCGGACACUCUUUCUGCAGACAAUGCAUCACAGAUAAUCUGUACACACAGCACCAGUGUCCACAGUGUCGAACAGCUGUUCCAACAGAGGGGACAUGCCUUCCAACCAGCCACAUAUUGAAAAGCCUCGCUGAAAAGGCUAAAGAAGCAGAGAACAUAAAGAAGGAGCAUGGACAUGAGAAAGCAGAGGUGGCUGAGUUGUGCCCCGAACAUGAGGAAAAGCUGAAACUGUUCUGCGUCACAGAUCAGCAAUUAGCUUGUAUCAUUUGCCGAGAUGCAGAGGAACACGAAAGACACAAGUUUAAACCAAUCAAAGAAGCAGCUGCAUCUCUGAGGAGAGAGUUGGAGACAGGUAUGGAGAAGCUUUGUGGUGAUAUUGAUGCUACAGAGAGUCUAGCCAGCACACAGAGGGAAGAAAUAACAAAAACCAAAACAAAGUCUCAACAGCUGAUGACCCAAAUCUGCAGACAGUUUGAGGAGAUGCACCAGUUUCUGAGAAAGAGAGAAGAUGAGAUCAAGAAUGACCUGAAACACAGAGAGGAGGAUGCUGUCGAGAAAAUGAGUGAGACAUUACAUACUAUGGAAACAGCUUUGUCUGAGAGCAGAGAGCUGGAGGGAAGGGUGACAUCAGCUCUGGAAAUUAAAGACCCUGAGAGGUUUUUAAAGUGCUGGACUGAGGAGAACAAUAGGAAGACUCCUGAACAUUUGUUCAGGCCCAGAGCAGAUGAGCUCCAAGUGGUAAACACUGCUCUCUGUUUGGGGCCUUAUGAAAGUCACCUGCAGUUCUUUGUGUGGAAGGAGAUGCUUCAGGUGAUCCAGCCCCGAGCAGAACUGCUGUCACUCAAAAGUGACAGCAGAAACAUCACAGUGUCUGAUGAUGGGAAGCAUUUAAUGUAUAGUCCUGAAAUCAUCCAGUCCAAGAAAUACAACCCAUUGUACAGACAAUCUUCAUCCUACAGCUAUGGCUAUGACAACAGGUCCAUGCAGCAAUUUGAAACAGUUUACAUUGAGGACACCUCAGAACGGUAUGCAUCUGCAUUUAGUUCUACUGAGUUCACCUCAGGGCAGCAUUACUGGGAAAUAGAGGUUGGAAAAAAGGACUAUUGGAAAAUAGGGGUGAAAAAUAGUUACCUGACAUAUUAUGACCAAAAAUAUGUCACAUCCAGUCAAGAGACAGAGUUAACAUUCACAGACAGGCCUCAAAAGAUUGGGAUUUACCUAAACUGCCAGUCAAAAGAGCUGUCUUUCUAUGAUGCAGAAAACAUGACACAUAUUCACACUAUGACAGAGGGCUGUAUGUCAGUGCCGGUGGCAGCGUAUUUUGAAUACAAAUUUAGUCGAGGAGCAGAUCAUUACCCCCUAAAAGUGUGCUGCUACUGAAAUGUGAUAUAAUUAGGAAAAAAGGAAAAAUCCCUGGGCUGGGGCAAAACAUCCAUGAUGGCACCACAGAAGACUCUCUUGCACUUUCAUUGGUUUUGUUUUUUUGUUCUCCAAUAAUCCGGGUCCCCUAGAAACUGUCCAUCACAGGACUCAAUAACCACAAGACUAAGGCCCUGAUGUCUGUGGUAAUUACAUUUUUUGAAAGACAGGGUUUUGACCCACCUGAAGGACAUCACAGGCCUCUGGCUGGACCCCAUGCAGUUUAUCUACUCAACAGAUAGGUCAUUGGAUGAUGCAGUCUACACUGGACUGCACUGCAUCUUGCAACACAUCGACUCCGCAGGGACAUAUGCAAGGAUCCUGCUUGUGCAUUUCAUCUUGGCAUUCAGUAUGGACAGUCUCCAGCCUCAUCCAAGAUGGUGACAAUACUGGGGAUAUGACAUUGGACUUAAAGAGACUCCCCCACCACCACCACCACCACCACCAACUCCUCUGCAUAAUGUUUAAUGAAAGCUAUUAGAUAUUUAAGCAUGUCUUGGGUAGGAUAUACUAUUACUAUGGCUGUGUACAAUAGUAGAGGCAAAGUACUCUGUUGACCAAUGUUUUGUUUUUUGUUUUAAAAAAGAAAUAGUUACAAUAAGCAAAAGUGUUAACAGUAAUGGAAGGGUAAUCUAUAACCUGUACUAAAUAAUCUAUACAGGAUUCAUGAAACUAAUCGCAAACCUUUGUGUAGCUAAAAGACCCCCUGCAGUCAAAACAGUGUUUUGCUUAUUGUUCCUUCACUGUGCAGUAUGUUGUUCAGCAUGUGCUCAGUUUGUCACUAAGGUUGAAAAGGGAAGGUUUCUCUGUGUUCACAUUAAAUCUAACAUUAAGGCACAACAAGAUUUUGUUUCAUUUUUUGCAUUUGAAAUAACUGUAUGUAAAAGUGGCAAAAUAAGUAAAUACAUGACUAAAGCCUAUUGAGGCAUACUGCAGCAUUUCUGAUUCAUGUCUGUGACAUAUAUUGUAAGGCAACACAAUCCAUGUAGCAAAGAAGUGCAGUUCUUUUUUGUUUUAAUGAAACCUCAGUUGAUGCUCAGUAAACAAAUAAAAUCUUCCCAUUGUU